UACACGUUUAUCUCACGGCGCAUGCGCAGAACAGCGCGGUGGUGACCUCCGUUUAUUUUUAAGCGAAACAAGGCGAAGUACGGACACAAGUGGCGCACGUUAUCAUACAGAUCGUUAUAAUACAGAUAAAGUGCGUUUAUCAUCAUUACUACUGCAGGGUUUAACCAGGAGGUCAGACACGCGCUCAGCAGAUCUACUCUGAGUUAACCCUUAAACAGAAGCUCCAUCAUGGAGUAUUACCAGAUCCUGGGCGUACACAAAGACGUGUCUCCGGAGGACAUAAAGAAAGCGUACAGAAAAUUGGCCUUAAAAUGGCAUCCAGAUAAAAACCCAGAUAACAAAGAAGAGGCUGAGAGGAGAUUUAAGGAGAUCUCCGAAGCUUAUGAAGUUCUGUCAGAUGAAAACAAGCGUAGUUUAUAUGACCGAUACGGCAAAGACGCCCUGUCUGGAGGUGGAGUAAGAGGAAAUUCAGGACAUUAUGAUGACCAUUUCGGUGGUGUGUUCACAUUCCGUAACCCAGAAGAUGUUUUCAGGGAAUUCUUCGGAGGCAGAGAUCCAUUCGCAGAUUUCUUCAGAGACGACCCCUUCGACGAUUUCUUCGGGUUUGGCGGCAGCCAGAGGCAGAGAGGAAUGAGGAGUCGAACUGGUGGCUCCUUCUUCCCUGGGUUUGGGGGAUUCCCUCCGUUCGGAGGCGGCUUCUCAGGCUUUGACUCAGGUUUCGCAGCCCUCGGGCCGAUGGGUGGAGGAGGCUUUUCCGCCUUCUCCUCAUCAUCGUACGGCGGUGGCGGCGGCGGCGGCGGCGGUGGAGGGAUGGGAAACUUCCGCUCGGUAUCCACUUCCACCAAGUUCGUCAACGGCAGAAGGAUCACCACUAAACGCAUUGUGGAGAACGGUCAGGAGCGAGUGGAGGUCGAGGAAGACGGACAACUGAAGUCUCUCACGGUUAAUGAUAUCAGUGCUCCGAAUGCCCUGCCUGGCCCCGCCUCUCACUCCCGUUACCUUAGAAACACCACGGAUGAGGAUGACGGGGAACGAGGAAGCACCAGAGGGUUUUUUGAAAUCAGAAGAAAGAAACACUGGCGCACAGAUACGGAUAACAAAAAGAAGCUAAAUCCGCGUCUGGCUCCGAGGAUCGGCUCCUGGUUCUGAACUUUCACUCCAGCAAUUUUUGGAUUUUUAAGUGCGAGAAAUUAAAAGCACAUAAGAAGUGUAGAUUGUGUAUUAUAGUAUAUUAUAGUUCUCCCUCCUGUACCUGGCUAAUGUCACUACUUCAGAAAGAAUUUCUUAAAGAGUUUUAGUAAAAAGAUAUUUUAUAAUUAUUGAAAAUAAAUUUUGAAAAAUUGAUUGUAGAAAUAUAUAAAUUUUUAAGUGAAGCGACAAACGGAAAAUAAGCCCCUUAUUUUGCAAGAACUUUGUAAUCAUAACAAAUGAAGACAUUUUUAUGCAACAUGUUAUGUAACAUAUUUUUUUUUAUUUUAAAGUAACAAUAGUGUAACAGUAAUGUUGGAUUGAAUAUAACAAAUACACUUUUAGGUUGAAGCUAAAAAUUUAACUGAAAAAAAUGAGGUGGGGGAAAAAGAAAUGGAAUUCUUUGUUUUAUUAUUUUUUUUUUUACUUUAAAGUUGCAGAGAAUUAAAAAAAAAUCAGCUCCUUCAAAUCAGUGUGUUAUAAAUGAAUAGUAGAAUAAACCUUUUUAAAUAAACAUACCAAGAAACACAGUUAUACAUGAUAAACAACCUCAAAUAUGAUGAUUUGCAUAACCGCACUGAAUAUGUAUUUAGUCAUAAUUAAAAGUAUAAAACAGUGGGUGUAGUCAAUGCAAAUCAAAAAAUAACAAAAUCAAAAUAAUAAAUAAAUGCUAUACAAAUAUGAAUAUGUAAUUAAGUGUGUUCGUACCUGGCAUAAAUUAGUGGGCGGAGUCAAUACAAAUAUGUACCAUUUACCUGCCUUGAAAAUCAGCUCCAGAACAAAGAUUUUAAAUUAGUAAUAAAAAUCACUUACAGUAAAAACUGAUUAAUUAAUUAGAUAUUUCUCCAUAGGAGAGCAGUGUUUCUGACACCAUAAUAAAACUGUUCUUUAUUUUUUUCUUGACAAGGCUACUGUAGAAGCAGGUUAUGACACUCUGUUCCUGCUGAUUUAUUAGCGACGUUUCUGAAAUCAGGGUUCUGGUGUUUAAUAUCCACCCUCUGAAGGCAAAACAUUCAUCUAUACAGACAUCUGAUAGAGCAACAGAGAGGAGGACGUUCAAUGAGGGUUCUUUUCAGGGUUCAACAUGAGUUUGUUUAGGGUUCUUUCAGGGAUCAUUCAGGGUUCUUUGAGGGUUCUUCAAUACCCCUUUUCCACCAAAAAGAACCGAGUGCUGGUUCAGAGCUAGCACUGGUGCUGGUUCAAAGUUGGUUCCACUGGCGAACCUUCUAAGAACCGGUUUGCCUUUCCAUCGGCUAGAGAGCGUCACAGAGCCGAGUCUGACGUCACUGUAUACGUGUCACGUUACACAGCAACAUUAACGCAGCAGCGACAACCACAAACACAUCAACAACGGCGGAUGUUGCUUUACUGUUAAUGCUCAUGGCUUUGUGAACCCACAUUAGCAUCCAAACGCGGCGAAUCCAACGUGUACGUGCAGCUCCAUGUAAUUUAUAUAAAUGGAGGUUGUAAUCGAGAAAGUACAUAAUGUUAUUUUAUCAUUAACACAGAAAAAAGUUAGCCUUAGCAUGUAGCUACCUAAUAUCAUGUGUGCUGAUAAUGUAUCAUAUCGCGGUAAAGUAAAAGUGUAUUAAACAUUAGUAUACUUAAGGUACAUUAUAUAACAGUAGACCCUCCCACAGCCCCGCCCACAGCCCCUGACACAAGUGGUUCUUAAGUCUAGACCAGCAACAUUUUGGUGCUACUUAAGAACCACUUUUCCUGGUUCAGAGCCGGUGCUUUGGCUGUCGAAAAAGAAAGAACUGGUUCAAAAUUAGGCUCCGAACCAGCACUCAAACUGCCUUGGUGGAAAAGGGGCAUAAGAGUUCUUUAAGGGUUAGUUGAGGGUUCUUUAAGGUUUUUCCCUCAGGUUUCUUUGUGGGAUCUUUGAGGGUUCAUUGAGGGUUUUUUAAAGGUUUGUUGAGGACUUGAGGGUUUUGUCAGGGUUUGUUGACGGUUCUUUGAUGGUUCUCACAGGGUUCUCAGGGUUCAUUUUAUGGUUUUUUGAGGGUUCUUUGGUGGUCCUUUAGAACUUCUUUCAGGAUUUUUUGAGCCUUCUUUCACUGUUCUUUAAGUGUUCUUUGAGGUUUCGUUAACAAUUCUUUUGGAUGAAAAUAAGAUUCUUACUAUCCAAAAAACAAACAUUCUCUUGUAAGGUUAUACAGAGAACCUGUAAGGAUUCCCUCAGAAGAAGAACCAAAGAACUUUAAAAGCAAGCAGUGAAUGUUUUCUAGAGUGUACUGUAUAUAACACACACGCACACACACUCUUCCUCUCUGUAACGAACAUCUUAGUUUUACAUCAUACACAAAUAUUUGUACAAAAUCAUAAAUACUAAUUGUGUAAAUUUGGAACUUUCAGGAAAAUCCAGAUCUCAGUUAUCUCAAUUCUAAUGAAAUAUUCAGAUUGUAAUCUGCUGUUGCUGUUUACGUCCUCCGUGUUCUGCCGCUACUGUAUACCAUACUUUAAUAAUGUAGAUGACUGCUAGACAAGUAAAGCUCUCUCUUUUGUCUAUAAAGACCUUUGUGAAUAUAUUUUAAAAAGAUUUAGAGCAAUGAAAAAAAUGCUUUUACAAUAAAAAAAAUCCUUACA